CCUGCCUAACAUAAUGGGGAAGAAAAUUAAGUCUAUAUUUUUGGUCAGGUGUUUUAACAAACUUUAUUUUAAUUAAAAAACAGAGCAAAUUGCUAAUGGAUAGGAACACACUGGUUUCUCAAUUUGAUAAAGUCCUCCUAAGUUCAAACGGGCCGGGAUAGCUCAGGCUGGUAAAGAAGCCUGUUAUUAGAACACAGAGCCUGCAAUUACUGCAGGUUCAAGCCCGGCCCAAGGUUGACUCAGCCUUCCAUCCUUUAUAAGGUAGGUAAAAUGAGGACCCAGAUUGUUGGGGGGGCAAUAAGUUGACUUUGUAAAAAAAAAAUACAAAUAGAAUGAGACUAUUGCCUUAUACACUGUAAGCCGCCCUGAGUCUUCGGAGAAGGGCGGGAUAUAAAUGUAAACAAAAAAAAUAUGUUUGAUGCUGUAUUUAGGAUUUAUUUAGUAAAUUUAUUAUCCUUAAUUAUAUUGUGUUCUGUCUUAUCAAUGCACACACUUUACUUCUAUCAUCUUCAACUGACCUUGCUCUGCCUUAUGUAAUACAGUACAUUCUUUGAUGCAGAAGCAUCUUGUGAGAUAAAAAAACAAAAUAAAACCAAGGCUCUGAACACAGCCAUUCAUGUCUUUGUUAUCUCCUGUUUAGAUUAUUGUAAAUUACUCUACAUGGGGCUGCCCCUGAAGAUAAUCAGAACCUUCAGCUGGCCAGAACACAUACUCACAAGCUAGUACAGCAUCUGUAUUGUCAUAUUACUGCUGCAGGAGCUGCACUAGUUGACAGCAUGUUUAUGACUGCAGUUGAAGAUGCUGGUUGCUACUUUUAAAGGCCUAUAUUGCUUGGGACCAGGGUAUCUAAGAGAUUCCCUUUAUAAAAUAGUUUCAGAACUAUUGAACCAGAUGGCCCAAUAGUCUCUACUAAGAGUUUCCAUCUAUUAGGAGAUAUGGCAAGAGAAGAUGAAAACAUCAGGUGUUCUCAAGGGCAGAUUUCUUCCUAUGGAACAGCUUGCCCCCGUAGGUGACUAUCAACCCCCAUCCUUAUGGCAUUCUGGCAGCUAGUAAAACCCUCGCUUUUCUAGAAUGCCUCUGGGAACUGACAAUAAAGCCACAAUUUAUUCUUUGUGUGAGAAUGAGCGCAUGCAUGCAUGAACAUUUAUUAUUUCGUGUUAUAAUUUAUUAUUGAAAAAUUUAAAUGUAUUUUAUUCUUAAUAUUUUAAUAACUCAAACUGCCUAGAGUCCAUAAGGAUUAAGGCAGUAGCUAAAUUGCAUGAAUAAAUAAAUAAAUAAAUAAAUAUUCCCAGGUUUAAAAAAUAUCCAUCUAGUAUAAGGAAGCUAUUUACAAGACAAUGUGGCAUUAUUUGAACAUAAAUAUAGGUCUAGUCUAGUUCAUUUGCAAAUUAUCCAUAUUACUUUUUGAGAAUGUAAAAGGGAAAGAGAAACACACGUUAAUAUAAGUUACUAGAAAAAGGCAUAAGAUAUGGAUGCCAUUAAUAAAUAAACUUUUCUAUCACGUAAGGCAUCAUUUCAAUGAAAUAUUUGUCCCUGUCCUGAGAGAGGACAAUUAAAUUCUAAAAUUAGGGAAGAAUCCCACAGUCAGUGAAAAAAAAUGAAGCUGGAAGUAAAUUGGAUAUUUCAGCAAGACAAUGAUCUGAAACAUAUCUUCAAUUUAACCAUGAAGUAAUUUCAUGAAGGAAAUAUGAAGUCUUGGAAUAACAUUCACAAUCGCCAGACUUGGACUGUGUGAACAUCUGUGUGGAGUUCUGAAACAAAGUUUAUGUAAAGAGACAUAAGAAUAUUUCCAAGCUAGAAGAGUUCUGCAAGGAAGAGUAGAGGAAAAAAACUUUUAAAGCAAAAAUAGGCUGUCAGUUGUCUACAGGAAUGCUCUGAAGAUGGUUUUUUUUUCUGGCAAAGUAGUUAUUACUAAGUCAUGACUGAAAUGAUAUCCAAACAUAUGCACCUGUCACAUUGUUUAAACAAAGAUACAAUUUGGUACAUCUCUGUGAUAUUGCCUAUUAAUCCUGAAUUUCUCCAAAGCCACCAAAAAAUAUUCCAGUCAGGAGCAUUUAGAGAAGAAAUGAUUUCCCAUAUAUUUACCUAGUCUUCUUCAAAUAAAAAAGAUAUUUUAAAAAAUCCAGGAUAUUCUGGGUUAAAAAGAAGAUAAAGUUGCCUCUAGAUUCUGUUGAAACUGGAUUAAUUAAUUUGUCUUUAUUUAUAUGCUAUGAUUUCAACGUGCAGUUGCUGAAAAACCCCUUUGGCUUAUUAUUACCUAAUAAUCUCUUGAUGAAGGAAACAUCAAGAAUGAUUGUCUGAAAGAUGGCCAAUUCUCUCCACAUGUCUGAGUGGAAGUCCUAAUAUGUUGACAGCAUGGUAUUUAUUAUAUAGCAGCCUAUUGAAAAGGCUGUAGAAAGGCCAUAUUUAUCUGAGUUAUUCUAAAUUAAUUUACUUGCGAUGCUAUCUAGUGUGAUUUAUCGUUGAAUUUAAAACACCAGCUUCUACAGUGGGUUUAUAUGGGUUUAACUUCAAAUGUUCCUAAUGCAGGAUGCGUUUAUACUUUAUGAAAAAUGAUAGGUACCAGCAGAGAGGGCAGGGGGGCUGAAAAGACAUCAGCCAAAAAAAUAAUAAUCUCCAAUCUAAAUUCCCUGGUGUAGAAACCGCAGAUGAGACCAGGAAUCUCACGCAUCUCUUAUUUAUAGCUACUGCUUUUCCUGCAACGGUGCGUGUAUAAAGGCUGCAGAAACCUUAUUUCAUAACACCGCCUUAUUAUAAGGCUGAGCGGAAACACUCAUGGAAGAGCGCGGUAAAGAUUUCACUGGGAGUUUUUGCUUCGGGUUUCGCCGGAGCCUCAGGGCCAGUCUGCUGCGCCAUCUCAGACUUGCACAUACUGUACAGUACAUAAGAUGGGCGAAGACUUCUCUUUGGCGGCGUCGGCUUUCCCUGACGAUCGCAAGCUUCAGUAUGACGCAGAGUUCCUCCUUUGUCACGCCAAGAGCCCGGCGUUCAUUUCCAAGUCUGCGCAAUUCCUGCGUCGCUAGAAGACACGGGAGCAGCCGAAAACGUCGCCUCGCCAGGUUGGAAACUUUCGGUGGACGAUUUCAAGGUCUUCUAAAGGGCUGCGGCGAUUCUCGAGGACCGCCGUAGCUCCUCCCUGGGUUUACCGCGGACUAAACUGGAAAAAAAAAAAAGGUGGGGAGGGGAGAACCUGCAGGUCUUUCUCCGGCUCUUCACGAAAGCAAGCCCACCUGCCCUCAAGUUGUAGCGCGCAGCAUCAGUCCGGCAGCCGGCUACAGAGGGGACCGUUCUUCCACCUACGCCUUCGUCUACCCUCCUGCGGCGGAGAGCGAAAGCGAAAGCCGGGUGUGGCUCCGCCCCGCUUGCUGCGGCUGGAGGGAACCGUCGAAGCUUGACAGGCUGCGGGCUGGGCGGCUCCGGGUCCGCGCUCCGGAUCUCCUCCUCCUCCCCCCGCUACUAGUCUUUCCCUUGGCCUGCGAGAGGAUCGUCGCGGCAAGAAAACGGAUUGCCCUCCCUUGCGCCAGCCUGGACAUGUGGAUGUUAUGCGUGUGGUGGGUGCUGCUGGGCACUCUGGGCGCCGGUUCAGCCCAGCUGUCCUUUGCGAGUGUCCCAUUUCUUGAAGUGAGCAACUGUAAUGGACAGAAAAUCAUCCUCCCUUGUGUGGUAACUAAUCUGAAAGAGAAUAGCAGUAUGGCAAUGUUUGUGUCAUGGCAAUUUGAAGGAAAUCAAUUUUUCAUUUAUGAUGGAGUUUCUGAUAACAUUACCAAAAACAGUAGUUUUCAUACUGCAACUUUUCUGAACCGCUCGAUGGUACCCUACGGCAUUGUUUCACUUUCUAUAUCGACAAAGCAGGCUCGUCUAGGAAAUUAUACUUGUGAAGUAACAGAAGGAAACAGAGAAGGAAAAACAAGAUUUGAACUGAGAGAGAGUUCAGCUUGCCUAAAUAAUUCAUCAGAAAUCGUACCUUGGUUUAACCCUGUGGAGCGGUACUCUAUCAUUUCCAUCAUAAUAUUGAUUGUUAUUUUAUACUGGUGCCAGUUCAUUACAGUAGCUAAAAAGUUUGACAUGACAUUCAAAAAGAAAAUUGGCUUAAAUGUUACAGGAAUAUUAAUAUCAAUUUUUGCUGUAAUUGGUAUCAUUUUUUAUGCCCAAGGUGGAUAUACAACAUUGGUUAAAACUGGUAUUGGCCUCAUUGUCAUCCCUGCAAUCAUCGUAGUGCCUCUUUUAUACUUCCUGUUCACAUCAGUUUUUGAGAAGCAACCACUUUUUGCAGUUAUUUUGCUAGCUCUGAAAGCACUCGGAUAUGUAAUUGCUGUGGCUGGAUUUGCUUUGUGUGUGACAGAAUGUCAGCCGAAAAAUGGAGCUGUUUUGAUUGCAGGCUUAGCAAUUAUUAGUGCUGUAGCAGCAAUUGGCUUAAUUUACAUUAUUAUUAUUAUUGGUUCCAACUUGAAAGAUCAUCAGCCUCCAAGGAAAGCUGUUGAAGAAUCACUUAAUGCACUGGAUAUGAGGUAAUUGAAUCCAAUUAUGGACAUGGAAACAAGUGGAGAGAGACUUUUGUUGAUACACCGUGGCCUUGAAGAUGCACUACUCAAAGAGAAAUAAAAUCAGGAAAUUAAUUGUUUUGCAUGUUUGGAAAAGUGCUGUAAUGGCUCACCUGAUGUAACUUAUAGUCACAGCAGCUGUAGUAAUUUUAAAAGAGAAGUAAGUUGUAUGCACGUGAGGUUUCCCCCUUUCCCUUCCUUACAGAUGGAUGAGAGCAAAAACUAUGACGCUCUUGGUCCACUUUCUCUUUAGUGCUGCACUUCUCAGAGGAUCUUGAAAAUGCUGUUUUGCAUAGAGACCAAACAUCAUGAGGGACUAUUUUUGGACAUCACAACCUUGAUACAUUGGCUGUCGUCACCUCUGGGCCAGGGCUUUUGUUUGUUUGUUUUCCAUUUUGCUUUCAGUUUUGGUAUCCCUAAGCAACAACUGCUUAUAUGAAAUAGCAAUCUUUAUAUUUUAGAAAAAGCUGCAGUGCUGAAAGUGGGGAUUGCUCAGAGGUUCUCAAAGAAAAAUGUAUGUAUGUAUUUAUUUGCUGAUCCUCUUGCUCGCCAAAAAUUGGUGAAUUCCAGCCCCACUUUAAAAAAAAAAAAGUUUAGCUAAGCCAGCACUGGGAUGUUUGAAAGUAUCUCAAGGUCACAGAAGAGAUUUCUAGUGGACCACUUAUACAAAUAUUUGUACUGCAUGAUAGAUUGUAUGAUUUUCUUUCUUGAAUUUUUAUUCACUGUUCUCUUAAAAACAACUGCAUUCCCAAUCUAUACUGUCAUGUGAAAAAAGUAAGUACACCCCAUGUAAAAUUUUCUCUAAGAUAUAUAUAUAUAUGGAAAUAUCAAUAUUUUUCUUAAUUUAAAUAAUAUAUAAAGGUGACUUAAAUGAACUUAAAAAAGAAAAAAAUGACUUUGCAAUCAUUUAUUUCACCAGAAAAUUAAAAGAUAUGCCAUUUUCUUCUAUGAAAGAAUUAUGUCUCUAAUAAUGUACCCUUUGACAGAAACAACCUCAAGUUAACCUUUUUUUCAAUUAUUUACUAUUGUCCAACAUUGCCUGGGAGGAAUCCCCCCCUCCCUUUUUUGCAGAUUUUUUUUCAUCUGUGCAAUGUUUGGGCUGUUUCAAAUUUCAAAUCACCUGAUAGCAUCUCAGUGGGAUUUAGAUCUAUACUUUAACUUAGCCAUUCCAUCCAUCCAUCCAUCCUUCUCUCUCCCACCCUCUCUCUCUUGCUUGACUUUCAGUCUUCUGCAAGAUGGUAUCACAUUAUUCUCAAACACCUUUUUUUACAAUGAAGAAUUCAUGGUGAAUUCUAUGAUGAUGAGCUGCCCAGGUUCUGAUUGCAGCCUCAAGCACCCUUGAUAGUUUGUUAUUAGGUUCUUCUGGUGAAAUACUAUCUUUGGUUCACCCCAAAUAUGUCUUUUGUUAUGGUAACUGAAUAACUCUAUUUUUGGCUUGUUUGUGUCCAGAGCACAUUGUUCAUAAAUCCUGGUCUUUGCCUACUAAAUGUAACAAAACAUCCCCCCCCCCCCCGCUUGCUCAUCCUACUACUUUCCUCCCUAUUGUUUAAUUAGAGCUGAUAAUUGGUAUUUUUAUAGUAUUUUAUUCUUUGUUUUUAUAUAGUUUUAUUCUUUUUAACCUUGUAAGACACCCAGAACCACCUCAUGGUAAGAUGAUCAACAAACAAAUUUAAUAAAUAAUAGUACACUCAUGUACUUCAACAUCAAUCAUGCCAAGAGGUACAUGUACAAUGAAAUUCUGGGGCUCUUAGAAACUUCUUUCAGCAUCUUGAAUUCUGCUCUCAGGCUGAACUUGUAGAAACAGCCUGGUCUGGCUAAGUUGCCAGUUAUUUAAAAACUGUUCCACCUUCAAUAAAAUCAUUGUUUGGUGAUCUUUUAAUAUUCCUUUCCAGACAUAUAAUAGCAAUAGCAAUAGCACUUAGACUUAUAUAUCGCUUCAUGAUGCUUUACAGCCCUACCUAAGCGGUUUACAGAGUCAGCAUAUUGCCCCCAACAAUUUGGGUCCUUAUUUUACCCACCUCAGAAGGAUGGAAGGAUGAGUCAACCUUGAGCCUGGUGAGAUUUGAACUGCCAAAUUGCAGGUAUCUAUAACCGUCUUUAUUAAUGCCUCAUUAGUGUGAUGAUACCAUAUACUUCAGUAACGAAGAACAAAUCAAACAGAAUCUCUAGGAUUUAAAUAGGAGAGGUUCCUCCCAGUCCUCUCCAUUUAUUUUCUAAUCAUUUAUUUAUUUAUUUAUUUAUUUAUUUAUUUUUAUUUGAUUUGAUUUUUAUACCGCCCUUCUCCCGAAGGACUCAGGGCGGUGUACAGGCAAGAUAAAACCAGCAAUACAAAUAUACAAGUUAAAAUAUCAUUUAAAAAACUUAUUUAAAAUUAGCCUGAAAUUAAAUUACCAUAAACUAAAAACCCCGUUUAAAAAUUAAUAAAAUUUCCCAUUAAAAAUCCAAUUUAGGCCAGCCCCGCGCGAAUAAAGAGAUGUGUCUUUAGUUCGCGACGGAAUGUCCGAAGGUCAGGUAUUUGACGUAGACCUGGGGGAAGCUCGUUCCAGAGUGUGGGAGCCCCCACAGAGAAGGCCCUUCCCCUGGGGGCCGCCAGCCGACAUUGUUUGGCGGACGGCACC